AUGCCACAGCUGGAGCAGCAGGACUUUAUGGAGAACCUGGAGGCAGCGCUCUCGUGGAUGCAGAGCACUCAGGAGCGAUUGAAGGCCAAUGACAACACCCAGGGGCCCCGCGAUGCCCUGGAGAAACGGCUCAGGGAGACAGAGAAAAUCCACCACUCAGAGCAUGAAGGCCGCGUGAAAAUGGACCUGGCUCUGGUGGCAGCUGAACACCUUCUGCAGAGCGAAGAUGAGGAACUAAAGAGCCACACCCACUGCAAAGUGCGCGAGCUCAAAACCCAGUGGGAGGAGACGUCCACAUACAUUAUCCACUGUCACAGUCGGAUCGAGUGGGUGUGGCUGCACUGGAGCGAGUACCUGAAGGCCUACGAGGAGUACCACAUGUGGCUGAGCCGACAGCAGUGCUCUCUGGCUCUGGGGCCAGAGCUGCAGUUGGGGCUGAAGGAGAAGAUGUGGCAGGUGGAUCAGCAGAGGGUGUUGGUGAGUGACGUGCAGAGCCAGGCCGCGCUGCUGGAGCGGCUCCUGGACGAGGCCAAUGCACUGCACACUCGCACCCAGGACCCCAGUGUAGACCCCCAGGCCCAGGAGAGGAUGCAGGCCGACUACAACCACGUACGAGACGGAGUGGAGGAGCGUCUGUCACUGCUUAAGAAGAUUGCGGAGGAGCACCAGGCGUACCAAGGCUGCGUUCAGAGGUUCCAGUCGUGGCUGCUGUCGAAAACCAGGGAGCUGACGGAGAUGAUGGAGAAGGAUGACCCAGCAGAGAGCAAGCUGCGGGCGCUCAAAACCUUGGACGACAGCGUGGCCAGCGAGGAGAAGACACUGCUGCACAUCGAGUGUCUUGCAGAGGGCGUGCGGGCCAAUACCUCUCCGGCCGGGUCGGAGCAGGUGGUGGAGGAGGCGGAGGAGCUGCGUCUGGGCUGGCAGCGGCUGAGGCAGGGGCUGUGUGAGGCCGAGGAGGGUCUUAGGGCCAGUCUGGACUCACACUGUCAGUACAUGUCCCGCUGCCAGAGACUCGGAGAGGACAUCAGCCGCCUCCGAGGCCUCCUGCAGCGGCUGGAGCAGGAGCUGGAGAAGGGCAGAGGGGAGGGAAACGCUCCGAACAGCACAGAGGAGCAGAUGGUCGGCCAGUGGAGGACGUACACGGGGGUGAAGAACACUUUGAUGGGAGAAGAGUCUCAGGUGGAGCAUCUGAAGGCCCAACUCAAAGAACUCUUUAGAUUCUCCCAGGACUCGCGACACCUCUCUGAUGACGUGCUGGCUGUUGUCAAGGAGCAUCAAAGUGUGAAGUGCAGAGUUACACGCCUGUGCUCUGAGAGUGAGUGUGGCCUUCGCAGCACUCUGCAGGACCCGCUGCUGUUCUUCUCCCAGUGGAGUCUGCAGGUGUCCCAGGCGCUGGAGGCCGAGGUCACCGACUUCUCCCACAUCGCACUGCUCCUCCACAAGAUCGAGCGUUUGCUGGUGGACAGUGCAGAGCUGCAGCAGAGCCUGGGUCAGCUGCAGGACAAGAGCGACCUGCUGGACUCUGUGUUUGGACGUGACGGAGCGGACACUUUACAGACGGAGCUCAGCGCCACCAUCAGGAACAGAGAGCUACUGCACUCUCAGCUGCUGCAGAGGAAGAGCAGGCUCCAGGGCUUAAUCUCCCGAACCAAGGACUUUGGUGACGCACAUGAGCUGGUCAGACUCAGACUUGCCGGCUUGAGGGACAGAAUGGUCACUGCUGAUGGUCUGCAGCCCGACCUCCUGGCCAAGAAGAGCCAGGCGGACCAGUUCAGGGUGAUACAGAAAGACCUUGAAGAUUGCGAGGCUCAUAUCACGGCCCUGGAGACUCUGGUGGCCUCCAGUCCCUCCAACAAAAACCAGUUUGAGCGGCUCUAUGCUGAAUGGAAAAACCUCUACACUGUUGUCAAGAUGAAGGUUCACGGCAGCGAGGAGAACAUUGCGGAGCACCAGAGGUUCCAGGACAGUUUGCUGAACCUGGAGAAGUGGAUGAUGAUCAUGAGACAGAAGCUGGAGUCCUUUCACUGCUCUUCUGGACAGUGGAGCGUCCAGGGCCGGCACCAGGAGGCUGAGAAAGCCCUGGGUGAGUUUCCAGAGAAGGAGCUGCAGCUACAAAGAACCGAGGCCCAGGGUCGAUCUGUGCUGGAGAAGACCUCUGAGGAGGGCAGGGUCCACAUCCUGGGGGACAUGGAGCGGCUCAGAGCGUCCUGGAUGUCCAUCUACAACAUGACUCUCAAUGUGGACAGCCUUCUCAAACUCUCCUCAGAGCAAACCGAAUCCGACUCAUGGAUGCUAACAGACAUAUCUACAGCGGACAUUGUGGCGGGCAGCAGCUCUCCGGUCCACACACGCUCAAGUCCAGGGUUCCAAAUGGGGGCCAGGUCGAGCGACAUCUACCGCAAACUGACUUUCCCCGGACCCAGUCUCGACGCGGACUUCGAAGACGACGACAUUCUGGAUCAAAGCUACUGGCUGGACGGGCAAGCUCGGGGUCAAUUCGUGGUGCCUUCCGAAAACAAAAGGGCCCCCAGGCUUUCAAGUACCGAUCGGACCGACAGCAGGCCGUCGUGGGGUGAUGAUGAAACGGACUCCCCCGCCUCGAUCCUCCGCAAAAGGAAAGAUCAAAGCCUUGCCAAAGACUUGGUAGUGGAUGGAGAGACUGGCAUCGAUAGUUUGAAAGUGGGAGAAAUUAGAAGUAGCAGUAGCAGUGGCAGAGCGGGUUUCUUAUCGACAGCGAGAGCGGCAGAAGCGGUGACGAGCGGCGAGGAGAGGAGGUUCAGUGCCGAGACAGCUGAUGGAUUAAGCCACGAAGGGAGAGGAGCGGGAGCUUUUGUCCAGUUCAAAAGGACUUCAGCCACAGAGCAGUCUCAAGGCACUUUGGCUUCAUUAGACAGAACAGCACGGUCUGGAAUAGUGGAGACAACCAGAAUAACCACUGUCAAUACGAAAACUGAUGGAGCUGGAAGUCUGAGUGACAAGGAGAGAGAUGAGAGGAGAGCUGCGUUCAGGUCCAGGUGGCAGGAGUUUGAAGAGUGGCUACAAAAGCAGAACGCAGUCCUCUCCGAAGUCUACACGUCAUAUUCUGUCCCAAUGAACGCUCAGGAACUCAAGGCCACCCAGGCCAAGCUCCAGACCCUGAGAAAGAAUGUCCCCUGUGGCCAGGACCUGUUCCAGCAGCUUCGUGUCACUUUUGAGGAGGACGACCCGGAAACAUCUACAGAAAUGGAGGAUUUGCGUUACAGAUGGAUUCUCUACAAGUCAAAGCUGAAGGAUAUAGAUUCAGUCAAAGCUGCAGGCGUGAAGUCCCAGACACAGUCCCACUCCAAGCCUCAAAAGAAAGCCGGUCUGCUGUAUCGCGUGUGCUGCCUGGCUCUUCCUCUGUGGCUGCUCCUCUUGGCGCUCUUCCUCCUCGCCUUCCUCCUGCCGCUGACCGAGGAGUCCAGAUCCUGCUCCCUGACCAACAACUUUGCCCGCUCCUUCAACGUCAUGCUGCGCUACCAGGGACCGCCGCCCACCUGA